UUCUUUAUCAUAUUUUGUGUUGACAACACUGGUAUCAUUUGAUUACAUGUUGACAUAAACAUAAAGUGACAUUAGUUUGUCAUUCUGCGACCAUGGCGGCGGCACUGCUGUCAAAUAGGAAAUUUGAUAAAUUCAUUCAUAAUCAUAUAAAACUUAAUAGAUCAUUUUGUAACAUUAAAUCAGUAGUAUUAAAUAAACCGCAGUUUAGUAUUAUAUGUAAACAAUGUGCUUCGGCUAGUUCAUAUAGGUACUAUUCAUCAUCUUCUCCAAACAAUGCAGCUGGAUCUGAUACAGCAAAAAAUGUUUUGGCGGCGGUGCUGGCAAACAAGCCAAAAACUGGAAAAAUUCCAGUUGGUAUCCAAAAGAGAGACUGCUUUCACCCAGGUGCCUCUGUUUUGUCCCGUGAAGAUAUUAACUUGGGUGAUGCAAAACCUGUUUCCGGAAUGGACAUGAUACGGGGCAUGAUGGAGUAUGUCUGGCCAAGGGAUAAUGCCAUGAUCAGAAACCGAGUGAUGCUGUCGCUCUCUCUCCUGUUUGGUGCGAAGGUGAUGAAUGUCUCCGUUCCCUUCUUAUUCAAGUAUGCAGUGGAUGAGGUUAACCACGUAGCCACCACACCAGCGGGUGAUGCAUUGUUGGGAAUGGCGACUGUACCACAAGCUUUGGGCACAACGGCCUUCAGUUUAUUGGUCGGAUAUGGUAUCGCCCGCGCCACCGCGGCAGGUUUCAAUGAGCUGCGUAACGCGGUGUUUGCGAAGGUGGCGCAGCACUCCAUACGUAGGCUGGCCUGCAAUGUCUUCACCCAUCUGCACAACCUCGACCUCAGCUUCCAUCUCGGCAGACAAACUGGAGCUCUAUCUAAGACUAUAGACCGAGGCUCGCGGGCCAUCAACUUUGUGUUAUCGGCGAUGGUGUUCAAUGUUGUGCCGACGAUAUUCGAGCUCGCUUUAGUAUCCUCCAUAUUGGGUCUCAAAGGGGGUUUCGCAUUUGCAGGCGUGGCGUUCAGUUGUGUGGGAGUGUACGCGUUGUUCACGUUGGCGGUGACGCAAUGGCGCACCAAGUUCCGCGUGCACAUGAACAGGGCCGAGAACGAGGCCGGCAACAAGGCUGUCGAUUCACUCAUCAACUACGAAACUGUUAAAUACUUCAACAACGAGAAAUACGAACUAGAAAAAUACGACCAGAGUCUCAAGAAGUAUGAGGAUGCGUCUUUAAAGACCGCGUCCAGUUUGGCGGCGCUCAACUUCGGUCAGCACGCGAUCUUCAGCGGUGGUCUCAGCAUCAUCAUGAUCAUGGCCGCCAAGGAGAUAGCACAAGGUAACAUGACAGUGGGUGACCUGGUGAUGGUGAACGGGCUGCUGUUCCAGCUGUCCAUUCCCCUGGGCUUCCUGGGCUCGGUGUACCGCGAGGUGCGGCAGGCGCUCAUCGACAUGCAGACAAUGUUCACUCUCAUGACAGUGCAGUCCAGGAUCAAGGAAAAGGCGAAGGCUCCUCUCCUGAAUGUGACGGCGCAGACAGCCAGCAUUGAGUUCAAGGAUGUGAGCUUCAAGUACAUCAAUGGCAAACCCAUCUUCAACAACCUCAGCUUCUCCAUACCACCUGGCAAGAAGAUCGGGAUUGUCGGCGGCUCUGGAAGCGGCAAGUCGACGAUGGUGCGACUACUGUUCCGGUUCUUUGAGCCACAGUCCGGACAGAUCUCUAUCGCGGGACAGAACAUCAAGGAUCUGGAUCUGACCAGUUUAAGAAGAGCUAUUGCCAUCGUUCCACAGGACUGCGUGCUGUUCCACGACACGAUCUUCCACAACUUGCACUACGGAGACCUGAGCCGCCCGCACCAGGAUGUGUACACAGCCAGCAACAUGGCCGAGCUCCACAACUCUGUCGUCACCUGGCCCAAGGGGUACGAGACCCAGGUGGGAGAGCGCGGGCUGAAGCUGUCCGGGGGAGAGAAGCAGCGAGUGGCGAUAGCCCGAGCCAUACUCAAGGACUCGCCCAUCAUCGUCUUUGAUGAGGCCACCUCCAGCCUCGACUCCAUCACUGAAAGUGCGAUCCUUCAGGCUCUGAAGGCGGCGACAGUGGGCAGGACUUCCAUCUGCAUCGCGCAUCGUCUCUCCACAGUAGCAGACGCUGACGAGAUCCUGGUGCUGGAGAACGGCAGCAUCACAGACCGCGGCACUCACGCUGACCUGCUCGGCAGACAGAACUCGCUCUACAGACGUCUCUGGGACAAGCAGAACAGGGACAAGUGAACACACGCGGCUCUACUUGCACUGCUCAUCUACA